AUGAUGAAGUUUGCCACUAUUGCCGCCCUUGUUGCAUCCGCUUCGGCCUUUGCCCCUGCCCAACAAUCUGCACGCUCCAGUGUUGCCCUCAAUGCCGAGCGAAGCAAGUCCCUUCCUUUCAUGAACCGCCCUAGUCUCCUUGACGGUUCCAUGGCAGGAGACGUUGGUUUCGACCCCCUUGGUCUUUCUAACAUUGACGAAGUUGGAAUCGACCUUUACUGGCUUCGUGAGGCUGAAAUCAAGCACUCGCGUGUUGCCAUGCUUGCUGUGGCCGGUGUCCUUCAAGUUGAAAUUUUCGGCCCUGCUCCAGGAUGCGAGGCCGCCACCGCAAAGAACCAAAUGGAGGCUUUCUGGCAACUCUGGGGAUCUCACCCACAAUAUAUUGCUGCUGCCCUCAUCAUGAUCAUGAUCAUCGAGGCAUUUUCUGGAAUUGCCACAACUUCAGGCCGUGAAUCCGGCAUGAGAGCCCCUGGUGACUUCGGACUCGACCCUCUUGGCUUCAAGAAGGGAGAUGCUGACAAGUACAAGCGUCUUGAAGCCCAAGAAAUUGCCAAUGGCCGCCUUGCUAUGUGGGCUGCUGCCGGAGAAAUCUUGCAAGGAAUGACCACCGAUGAAGGUGCUCUUGGUAACUUGAUGUCUGCCCUCAAGGACAACUCUUUCUAG